AUUAUCACCACGAGGUAUAUAAGAUUGCAGAAUUCAGCAGCGAUGUUAAUGGGGAGGCCAAAGAGACACAACCCAUUUUUUUAGGAGAUGAAAGCAUGGAAAUUAAAAAACAAAUCACAGGAAUGAGGAGAUUAUUGAAUGACAGCACUGGGAGGAUAUAUCAGCGUGUUGGCAAAGAAGGAGAAAAGUUAAAAGAAGAGCCCCAGGAUUUGGAUUUAGUCUGGCCUCAGCGAUUGAACUCCUCUACAGAGGCCCCCCAGAGCCUCCAUCCUUCACGUGGUGCAUGGAAUGAGCUACCACCCCAAAGCGGGCAGUUCUCAGGGCAAUAUGGCACUCGUUCUAGAACCUUCCAGAGUCAGCCCCACACCGCUGCGAACACCAAUGGUAUGGCUGUCACCAGACAUUCAGAAUGCACUCAUGGGGAACUUCCAGUGGUGAAUUCGUCAGCUGGAUCAAACUGCUGUACUUGUAACUGCCAGUCAACGUUGCAGGCCAUUCUCCAAGAACUCAAGACCAUGAGGAAAUUAAUGCAAAUUCAAGCAGUUGGAACUCAAAACAGACAACAACCCCCAAUUUCCCUUAUAUGCUCCCAGCGAACUGCUGUCUCCCGCAAGAGAAAUAAAAAGAAAAAAGUACCCCCAAAGACUAUUGAACCUCUUACUGUGAAACAGAAGCCCAGUGUGUUAGAAACUGAGAAGAAGACAGCAGUGGCCUCUGAGCAGUCUGGUCUCCAAGCAGCUGAACACACCUCCACUGAGGGGAGCCCCGUCCUAGGAUUUGGCAUUGUUCUUGAAUCGCCUGCGUCAGAUCCAGAAGUGCAACUUGCUGAAGGCUUUGAUGUGUUUAUGCCUAAAUCUCAGCUGGACUCUAUAUUGUCAAACUACACUCGCUCAGGAAGUCUUCUGUUUAGAAAACUGGUGUGUGCAUUUUUUGAUGACAAGACUUUGGCUAACUCCUUACCCAAUGGGAAGAGGAAAAGAGGACUCAAUGACAACCGGAAAGGACUAGACCAAAAUAUUGUGGGUGCAAUAAAAGUCUUCACAGAAAAGUACUGUACUGCUAACCAUGUGGAUAAACUUCCUGGCCCAAGAGACUGGGUACAGAUUCUACAGGAUCAAAUUAAGCUGGCCAGAAGAAGGUUAAAAAGAGGCUCAGCAGAGGUAGCUGACGGUGAUGAAAGACUGGACAGCAUUUCUUUACCACCAACAGGCCUUUGAGAUACAAUUGAUCGUUCUUCCUCAUAUAAUGGGCACCCAAGGAAUACUGUGCUUUAACCGUGGGAUUGAGUGAGCCAGUCCCUCCAGCAUGCGUACACACUGCUAAUACAACAACCAGAUCUUAUGGCCGGGUACGGUAUUUCACUGAUGCAUCUGCUGCACACGGUUGUGUAAAGCCAUAGACAUAAUUCAGACUUCAGACUGUUUGACUCUCAGGUAAUACCGCUGACCCUGGCCACCCAGCUGUGUAUCCGUUCAUAUCUGAGAACCCGGGUCUCAUCAAUGACCCACGUGUCUCUUUAUUCCCUCACUUGGUCUCAGCACUCUGUAUUGACUGCCUUCAAAUGAAUAACUAAAGAUUCUGUACCCACCCACAAAACCCAUACACCUCAAAAAACUGACUGAAAAAGCUCAAUUCACUGUUUUUUUCCUCCAAACUAGGGGUGGUAUGUUUUUAAUUCAAUUCAGCAAAUGUUAGUGGAGUAGUUAGUCUGUGUAGGAACUCUCCAAGGUCAUGUGUUUGCUGAUAGCAUUGAGAUGAUAAUAGAGUUCAUGGGUUUAGGAAGGGCAUAUAUCAGUGAUCCUCCAAGCAGUUAGAAAACUCAGCCGAGCAAAUGAGACAUCCGUUGCUUUCUCUAUCAUUGAGUAACUAAGCAACAGAUCGAUGGACAAACAUUAAAUCAGCCACGAGGUGCCAAAAGGACCUGCUUAUAUCAAGUUCUUACCAUAUGUAGUCAUCUUAGGAAAGGGAUUUCUCUUCUGGCUUGACUGUGUUUUCACAUUUGUGAAUUAAGAGAAUUGAAGUAUGUGAUCUCUGUCGUUCCUUCCCAAUCUGUCAUUCUCUGAGUAUCAGGGAAACUCUUACCAGCCUUAUUCUUACCACCCCGGCCCAUUCCCAGUAGAUGCUUGAAAUACUGUUGAUAAUAAUGAAGUUGUACAUUUCAGGAGGCCCUUUGGAGGAAGACCAUCCUCUUCUAGUUGUGUUUUCCAGGGCAAGUCCCCUGUACCCAGCUCCUUCCACCCCUAGUUAGGCCCUGGGCUUAUGCGUUGCCUUUUCUUCUCUGUGUCGUACGACGUAAUGGGCUUUGGUUUUAUUAUCUGAAAAUGAUUCCCUGUGAUAUAACUUUACAUUUUCCCAUCUGAAGAUGGAGGCAGAGAUGUGUCAGAUGAGAAAACGGAGCAUGGGGGAUACUAGAACAGCCUCAUGGAACUGAAAAACUUGUCAAGGAAUCAGAGAAUGAGAAGGAACUUGAGAGAUCAUCUAGUCCAAUCCCUUCUUUUUAUCCAGUCCUUUUAUUUUAUAGGAAAAAAAGCCUGAGGCCCAGAAACAUUAAAUGACUUUCCCAAGGUCUCACGGCUGGCCGAUGGCCUGGCCGGCACUCUGGCCCCUCGACUCCCCAGCCAUGACACUGUAUAGCUUUCUUAGACCUAAGCCAAAGCCAGCUUUUCUCUGCAUGUUUUUAAAGAUCCUAGGAGAUGAUGGAUGUACUGAUCCCGUUAAUGUCUCAUAGUCUUUACAAUUAGAAUGUUCAUUAUCAACCUACCCAAAGUUCACUGCAGUUUAUACUCAUUUACUUAAGCCCUUUCUCAAAUUCUACCCAGUGGUCUGAGACUAUUGAUAGAUACUUGAUACAAAUUACAAAACAGCAUGAUAAAAACAGUAUCAUUUAGUAAGGGGGGAAAGAAGUCACAGAUUGGUGCCCAAAUUUUGCAGGAAUAAAAUGAAAUAAUCUCGAUAGUCUAGCAUGCCUCUUGAUUCUCUCUCUAAAGUAAAAUCUCCAGUCCGGCCAGCUUCUCUGAAUGCAGUGCCAGGACUAAUACCCACCUCCUUGUGCCAUAAGAAGAUCAUCUGAAGGGUGAACUUCGCCUUCCUUGUGUGUGUAGCUCCAUGUGUGGACUUGAGCCUCACUGGUCAGAACCACAGGAGCAACCCAGGGCUCUGAUACAAACCUUCAUUAUCUCAAGUAUCUGAGCUGGCAAGAGUUGGUCCUUUGGAAAGAUUAAGCAAUGCCUUUACCACUUUGUUAAGGCCUUUUUUCCUCCUUCCAAAUUUUCAUGUGUUGGGUAAGGUUAGGAAGAGCAGUAUAAAUCCUUAAGAGUGUCUCUGAACCAGGAGUGACCAGGGCAGGGUUACAGUUAUACAGUUGGGUGGUCACAUGACAUCUGUUUCAAACCAUUACCUGUAAGCCGUCUUCAAUUUGUCUAGUGUUAACAAAAAUGGAUACAGAUCUUAUAGUAGAGAAAUACAGUUUCAUCAUUUGUCUUUCCUCAGCCCUGCUCAGUUAGCCUUUUGAGCAACCAUGGGAACUGAGUUCUGUAUUGGUUCUGGUGUGUGAAUGCCUGUCCUCAGGCUGAGUGAGGCAAAAGCAGCUACGUAAGUGCUGCAGGUGAGAGACCGCCUGGAUGACGGAGGAAACCCACUCAGGACCUGGGAACAGUUUGCAUUUGAAAAAAAAUAAAAGAGAAGUCUAGGGGCCAGCCUGUGCCUGGUGGUUAGGUGAGGUGAAUCCCACAUAGCCAGCACAUGUGCACGUGUGCCCCAA